AUGGAGGAAGAACAACAACAGAGUCUCAGAUGCGUUGAUGCAGAGAAUCAGGUGAGAAAGGUAAGAGCUUUAGAGAAGCAAGUUAGUUUCCAAUUUGGGAAUGUAGAGAAACAUGGAAUUGAGAGGCAGAGAAGCAUUCGUGGGUUUGUUGAGAAGCAGGAAAGCUUUAGAGUAGUAAUGGAGAGACAGUUAAGUUUCAUGAAUGGUGGUCUUGAGAGGAAGAAUGAGUCACCUGGUAAAAGAGGAGACUCUCCUCUUCACAUUGCAGCUCGAACGGGGAAUUUGGGGAAGGUUGUUGAAUCGUUUCGAGGUUGUAACGGUGUUGAAGAGUUGUUGUCAAAGCAGAAUCUACAAGGAGAGACUCCACUUUAUUCAGCUGCAGAAAAUGGGCAUUGGUUAGUUGUUGAAGAGAUGUUGAAGCAUAUGGAUCUUGAUACCGCUUCGAUUGCAGCUAGGAACGGUUUUGAUCCUUUCCAUGUCGCAGCAAAACAAGGCAAUCUCGAGGUAUUGAAGAAACUGUUGGAGACAUUUCCGAAUCUGGCCAUGACAACGGAUUCAUCGUGUACAACUGCGUUGCACACGGCUGCUACACAAGGACAUAUUGAUGUGGUGAAUCUUCUUUUAAAGACGGAUUCUCAUUUAGCUAAGAUAACUAAGAAGAACGGUAAAACCGCCCUUCAUUCUGCAGCGCGGAUGGGACAUUUCGAAGUUGUUAAGUCUUUGAUAGGUAACGAUGCAAAGAUCAGGUUUAGAACCGAUAAAAAGGGACAAACAGCGCUUCACAUGGCUGUCAAAGGUAAAAAAGAAGGGAUUGUUCUUGAGUUGGUGAAACCUGAUCCUGCGGUUUUGAGUGUGGAGGAUAAUAAAGGGAAUACGCCAUUGCAUAUUGCUUCAAAGAAAGGCCGUGCUAAGAUAGUGCGAUGUUUGGUAUCAUUUGAUGGAAUUAACCUCAAUGCUAUGAAUAAGGCUGGAGAUACCGCACUUAGUAUAGCUGAAAAGAUUGGAAACGCAAAGCUUGUGUCGGUUCUGAAGGAAGCCGGAGCUGCCACAAUCAAAGAUCUUGGGAUGCCUGCAAACCCAGCUAAGCUAUUUAAGCAAACGGUCAGCGACAUUAGACACGAGGUACAAUCUCAGCUCCAACAGUCUCGCCAAACAGGUGCUAGAGUUCAGAGGAUCGCAAAGAGACUGAAGAAGCUUCACAUAAGCGGUCUGAAUAACGCUAUAAACUCAGCAACUGUUGUAGCUGUCCUAAUCGCAACAGUUGCAUUUGCAGCAAUCUUCACUAUACCCGGGCAAUAUGAAGAGGACAGAACAAAAGGAAUGUUGUUGUUAGGAGAAGCUCGAAUAGCCAACGAAGCCUCGUUCUUAGUCUUCUUUAUAUUCGACAGCUUGGCGCUGUUUAUAUCUUUGGCUGUUGUUGUGGUGCAGACUUCGGUUGUGGUGAUUGAGCAGAAGGCAAAGAAGAAGCUUGUGUUUGUGAUCAACAAGCUCAUGUGGUUGGCUUGUUUGUUCAUAUCUGUUGCCUUUGUUUCUCUUUCGUUUAUCGUUGUGGGUAAGGAGGACAUUUGGCUGGCGAUUUGUGCAACGGUUAUUGGUGGGACGAUUAUGCUAACCACGAUAGGUGCAAUGUGUUACUGUGUGAUCAUGCAUAGGAUUGAGGAAUCUAAACUGAAAAGCAUGAGGAAAGAGAGAAGCAAGUCGAGAUCUUUCUCACUCUCUCAUAUGCCUUCAGAGUCAGAGAUUCUCAACGGCGAAUUCAACAAGAGAAUGUAUGCACUCUGA